AUGAACUCUCAGCGCGACCCUGCCACCCGGCAAAAGCUGACCCAGGGACCCUCUCCCAGUUUGGGCACCUCGGCGCAGAUGUGGAAACGAGACCAGCCCCGGAACGAUGCUCAAGACGAGGCCCGCUUGAUGGGAGCAAAGAGCUACAGGGAUCCCGGGGCAACCACGAUCAAACCCGGUGCUUCGUUCCUGAAGAACCGAAAGCCCGGGGCCAGCGGCGCAUUCAGACCGGCAGACACGCUCUCCAAACACUCGAAAGCCAGCGGACCGGUCCGCGCGCAGGGAAAGGAAAGGCAAUCGAAUUCCAGACGGCCUUACCUGGAAAAUGCGUGGGAGUUUGAUGAAUCGGACCGACCUAACAAGCGGCGGCGUCAUGACCAGUCUAGCCCGACUAUCAAUCUUACAGACGAUGUGACCGAACCCGUUUCGUCCAUCAUGGAGAUGUUGCCGCCAGCAAACCAGCUUUCCCCGCGCUUACCAUCAGGCAGACAGAAGAAUAAGUCUCACGAGAGGCAACAACUCCCGGAAUAUCGCGACCUGGAAGAUAUAGUCAAGGUCAAUCGGGUCGAUCGGAGUCCCCACAGUCAAGGAAACCGUCGCUUUUCUUCCGCGAGUUCCCUGGACGAGGGCCAAUUUACCGAGAAUGCUGCACAACAAAGGCGGUCCAUGGCGGCCAACGCCCAUGCCAAAUCAGACCGAUCUCAACGGCAAACGGUUUUCCCGAGUGUUGAGAUUCGCAAUCCCACGAAUCUCGGUUCCCCAACCUCUCGUCGCCGACAGGUCAUCAAGUCGGAAGGAAUGCGUCGCAUCUCUGACUUUACUCGAGAGAGCUCUGAUGAAUUGCAGGGCGGAGCUACCACUCACCCAGUUCCGAAGUCUCUGGAUUCAAGCCCCAAUCUCGCUCGGUGGAAGACCGAGAGCAAGACGCAACUGAGAUCCCCGGUUCGCGAGCGCUCACCCACCGAUAUCAAGACUACCAACUUUGCGGCAUCGCCCCGCCAAGGCCCGAAGAUGAAGAACAAGAAAAAGAAACGGGACUUGUGGCUAUUGGAAAUCAAUUCGAUUCGGUUUGGGCCCAUCAAGAAGGCCACGACUGAGGGAGAGCGGAUGACGAUUCAUCUGGAUGUGGAGAAGGAGACGAUCGAGCUUGGCGAGGACAUCGUGGGAACCGGCAAAACAGUGUCUAUUCCCCUUCGGCAAAUCAGAAAGGUCUUGCAAGGACGUGAGAUCAGUUGCAAAGUCCGGAUAGAACUCUCGCUGGCAGCCAAUUCGCCCGGGGACAAGGUGGACGUUGAGUUCACAAAUUCCGCUGACAAGUUGCGCCUGUGCAAUACGCUGCAAAGCUUUCAGGUCAACAUGCAAGAUAAAGACAGGUCCUUUAUGGAUAAAAUUUUUGCAACCUACGAACGGAACAUGGAGCUCCAUAGCAGCCACACCAAAAAGCCAUUGCUCAAGGAUGUUGUUGUUCUUGCAGAACCAGAAAUGCCUUCUGCCAAACCUUCCACUCGCACAAAAGUCUCCUCCGCUCUGCAAGAUGUGAAUGGCGAGAUUAGUCGGGGAAAACCAGACCACGACAAAGAGGGUGGGGGUGGUCAAGAGCCCUUGAAAUUUAAGUCCAGGCAUUCAUCUGAUGAGCAGACACGACCUCAAUCCUCCAAAGCAGAUGGUGAUGCCGGGGUGGAAAUUCCGGUGAAGAAGUUCCAGGCUGCCCAGUCUUCAGGCCGAGAGACACGAGCAUCGGCGCGCCUUACGCCAAAAACCUCAGCAGCCUCAGAAGAGUGCAAUGCCAAUACACGACGAUCACCGUCAACGGAUGAUGAAGCCCGAAAGAAGUGGCAGAACCCCCUGGUCUAUCCCAAGGCUGGAAAGAAAAAGGCGGAAGUUUGCGUAGAAGACCGCGAUCGACUACGCGAAGGGGAGUUCCUGAACGACAACCUGAUCGGCUUCUAUAUACGCUUUCUUCAAGACCACCUGGAGCGAACGAACAAGCGUGCCGCCGAGAAGAUCUACUUCUUCAACUCAUACUUCCACGCCACCAUCACCAACACACCCCGCGGUGCGCGCGAGAUCAAUUACAGUGGCGUGGAGAAGUGGACUCGCAGCGUUGAUCUUUUCGCUUACGAUUAUAUCGUCGUGCCUAUCAACGAGAAUGCGCAUUGGUAUGUUGCUAUUAUCUGCAACUUGCCUAGCUUAUCACUCCCACCCGGGGGGACUGUUGAGUCCGAUCACACCGGGGCAGAUGCAAAGGAGACUUCGACUAGGCCAACCAGUGAGGUCCAGACGAUUCCAGAGACGCCUGAGCCCGAGCCGGUACCUGAUUUAUCCGAAGCUGCAGCAGGAGCCGCACCAGAGAAGGUCGCGGAGUCUUCGAAAGAACAGGAGACGCGCCAGUCUCUUGCGUCAAUGACUCUUGACGGAGCCAAUGCAGCAACCAAGAAAGAGAAACAGGAAGACGGUGGUCCAACAGACGAGUGGCCCGAGGAAGAAGAAAAUGUCAAGUCUCCUCCGGCCAAGUUUGGCCCUGUCCGUGAUAAGACCGAGAACCCCGAAACUCCAGUCGAAAGCGCCACCGCGCCUCAGCCAUUUCGCAAAUCCAAGAAAACACGGACGGGACCGAAGCUGGACCCCCGCCAGCCGACAAUCAUCACAUUCGACUCCCUCGAUCUGGCCCGAUCACCUACCGUCAAGGUGCUCCGGGACUACAUCUGCAAAGAAGCAGCGUCCAAGAAAGGGGUCGAGCUGGACGCCGCGAAAAUCAAGGGCAUGCGAGCUCGACAGGUUCCCCUGCAGCCGAAUUACUCUGAUUGCGGCUUGUACCUGUUGGCAUACAUUGAGAAAUUCGUGCAGGACCCGGAUCCAUUCAUCACGAAAAUCCUUCGACGAGAUAUGGAUGCGAAGGCUGACUGGCCUCCGUUGGGAUCUGGUCUUCUGCGCCACCGGCUUCGCAAGUUUCUUGAUGAUUUGUACGAAGAGCAGACGCGGGAUAAGGUGGAUAGUCAAGCCAUUAUGGCAAAUCAGCAGCCUGUUUCGUUUCUGCUGGGCCCGCCAUUGCCGAGCGAGCCUGAUAAAGAUGUUGCUGAUUCGACUGAGACACUGGAUACAGCCGUUGCAGCCGAGUCUUCCGUGAAGGAUGAUGGUGCGAAUGAGGACGCUCCUGAUGUUGAAAGCUCAGCACCGGAUCAGGUCGAGCUGGUGCCUACUGGCCCCUCGGAUGGGGUCGCACCUCGCCCGGAAUCGACAGGCGAACCAUCGCGCGAGAAAGCAAUGGACCUCGAGACAGAGAACGAUAGAGAGGUGAUCGAAGUUCCAGACAGCCAGGAGACGGCACAGACGAAGCUAGGCCACAAGAAGAAGAAAUUUGGCCGCCAGGGAAAGGAUAAAGAUCUCGGCGAUCCCUCCAUAAGGAAGCGCAAGAAGGGCACGGAUAAGUUGGGUGUCCGGGCGGAGGUCCAGAUACGGGGCACACCGCCGCCAACUGAAGAAUCUGGACGAGUGCGACGGAGUCCGCGGGGCAUGUCCCAGCGAGAUUGCUCUUGA